AUGAGCCAAGUAGUGAAGGACGAGUCUGCAUCUCGGAUCACGCGGGCAACUGCCGUUGCACCAGGUUGGCAGAUCCUGCCAGAACUGCGCCGCGUCUCUGUGGAGUUGGUGGGUUCCAACCAGGCGGCUGGUGCAAUCUCCGACCUCCGCCUCGCGUUCGUGCCCGAGAGCCCAGCUGUUGCUGCCCGACUGGUUGCUGAAUCCCCACCGGAUCUGUCUUUCGAUGGUUCCGAGGUCCGAGCUCCGGCCUCGAAAGGCUUGGGAACGGCUGGCCGAGUCAUCGUUCUCAGUGGCCUGAGCCUUGUGGUGGGCGUGGAAGCCUCCGUUUUCGUCACCUCGGUGCAGCUUGGUCGGGGCGGAGGACAGACAAUCUUCACGCUUCACACGUUUAGCACCUCGACGCUGUCGCGCUUGGCUGACGAGCGCCUGAACUUCCCGGGCUACUUUCAAGCUGGGAAUGUCCUGGUCGAGGGAAGCCUCCAGGGUGGACACGCAAGCACCUCGAACCCUCUGCUGCAAAACCUGCCGCCACGGGCUUUGGAAGUGGGGGUGGUCACGCUGGGCCUUGUCUUUUCGUUGGCGGUUUCGACCGGGGACACCCUGCUGGUGACCUGCCGCGGCACGGGUGCGUAUAGGCUGCUGGUGGAUGAGCUGCUGACCAUGCGAGUGCUCGGCUUUGAGCUUUCCGGGGCGGCCGGGCUUUCGCUGCCUCUGCUGGCUGCGAAUCGUGGUGAUCACGAGAUCGCCUUGCAAUUCCUGGGAGCAGAAGGUCUCAACUCGACGCUGAUCCAGUCAGCCCAGUUCGCAGAGCUCACCUUCCAGGUGCUCCCAAGUUCGGGGGUGAACACCUGGAUGAUUGCAACCUACAGCCGGGGAGCUGUCAGCAACACGAAUGACGGCAACUUCGCUGGCUUCCAACCCGUGCUGCAGCUCACAGUGGAGUUGGCGCCCGAGCGCUCACCGCCCAACGCGCUCAUUGCCGUCAAUCUCCAGGUGUCCUCCGACCUCGGCCCCCUAGCCACGCAGUUGAUGCUGGUGGCACCGCCGGGCUUUUCCUUCCCGACGCUCUGCGGAGAGCUUUGCUCUUCAUUCGGAGAGUUCUUCGAGGGCACGGGCCGCCCUGUCGCGAGCCUCCUCACCACGGCAGCUGCAGGCUUGUUGAACCAGCAGCUGGUCUUCAACAUCCAAACCCCACUCCGGACGCCGCAGGUCCUCACAUGGCUGGUGCAGGCGUUCGAUCCAGCUGGAAACAUCCUGGGCUGGGGCCCAGCAGAUGGCUUCAAGGUGAACCAGAUGCGCGAUGCUCAAGUACUAUAUGGCGGUGUGCCAGGCCUUCAGAAUGCCCAGCUCGCCUUUGUGUUCACAUUGGAAACGCCAUCAUUGGAUGGUACCUUCCGGAUCGUGGAAGUGAUCGCUCCAUCAGAGAUCCUGCUGUCCUGUGACACACUGCAGCAUUUGACGCUGCCGGCUGCUGUGUGCGCUGAGCAGGGACCUGGCUUUGCACGGCUGGACUUGGACGAGUCAUUGCAGCCAGGCACCUUCUCCUUCACAGUCACUGGCGAUCUUCCCAGCCAAACUCCACAGCAGAAUUUCUUCUCUAUCGUCAUCCGGCGGUCGCCCAGUGAGCAUGUGGUCGAUGCUGCCUUCGACUUUGUUGGCUGGCAGAUUCAAGAUGUUUCGAUCUCACAGCCGGUCCUGGCAUGGUCCACGGCCGGCUUCCGGGAGAUCUCCACCGUGACCAUCUCCUUUGCCGUGCAGUUGGCCACUGCCAUGCUCAGGGCGUUGUUGAUCAGCUUGCCCCCUGGCUAUCAACACCGGGUGCGGAGCGUGGAAGAGUUCAAGGUCUCAAACCAGCGACUGCCACUGCUGAAGGGCUCCACAGACUGGCUGGACAUGUCGGUUUUGGAUCGCAUCCUUAUCUCCUUGGAGCCGAAGGACCCUGCAGUGGACAUCGGCAGCUACAUGUUCACGUUUCCGGUUGAGCUGCCGACUGCUGCCCAACUGCCCGCCGUGAACCUCUGGCAGCUGAGCUUCUGCAAGAGCCGCUAUUGUGUUCACCCCAAGGACGAGGCAGUGCUCGUCUCCUUCCCCAUCGCCGGCUUCCUACCAGGCGAGGUUUCUGUGCUGGAGCAGCGUCGACAGAAGCUCGCGCAGGAGGAAACUGGGGUUCCAGAGACAGCUUCCGCCAGCACGAUGCGCUGGAGCCUCGCCUUGGUCCUUGCAGCGAAGCUUCAAGUUUUCUAA